AUGCCUCGUCGGCCUCUGCCAGGCAAAGAGCAAGAGUGGAAAAAUCAGCGCAGUGUGAAGGGCCUGCGAGCGAAGUUUGUUUUACAGACCAAGCCUCACGACCUUGCCUCACCUCAUCCGCCUGUGAAGAUGUCCCGCGCCGUCUUCGUCGCCGGUGCCGCCCUGCUGCUGGGCGCCAGCUGCUUUGUGCUGCCGGGCAGCACGCCGCGCGGUGCCCCGGAGGCCCAGGUCUCCACUGGCCGGGCGGCCGGUGCCGCGGCGCCGGAGGCCGAGUCCGCAACCGCAGCCUUCAGCCCGCUUGCCCUGGGUGCUGCCUUGGGCCUGCUGGCCGCGGUGGUGGGCGGCCGCCCGGCUCUGGCCGCGGACCUCGAGAACGGCGAGGCCAUCUUCAACGGCAAUUGCACCGCCUGCCACGCCAACGGCAACAACAGCAUCGUGGCAGAGAAGAAGCUGAAGAAAGAGGCUUUGGUGCAGUACGGCAAGUACGACGUGCAGGCCAUCAUGAGCCAGGUGACCAACGGCAACGGCGCCAUGCCGGCCUUCGGUGACAAGCUCGGCCCGGAUGACAUCGAGGAUGUGGCCAACUACGUCUACAGCAAGGCCGACAAGUGGUGA